CAAGUAAAAAGUGGCCAGUUUAGUUUCUUUUUUUGAGAAAAAUAUAUGAUAACUUACUCUUGAACUCCUUUCUAUCCUGAGAAUUCAUCUUGCAGAGAACUCAAGGCACCGAACUCGUUUCAAAGUUUGUUGCAUAACUUUAAUUUUGUCAUGUUUUUUUCUGAGACAUUGUCAGACGUCAACACACAAUUCUACUUUUUUUUAAGACCCGCCAUCUUGAAAUUCCCGCGAUGGACACAUUAGCUGUUCUUUUUCCAAAGGGGUGCUAUCGUUGGCUGGCUGGCUGGCUGUGGUUGAGAAUAGAGGGCGCUGUUUAAAGAUUUACACAGACUUUUCCUGAACUUCUGAAGGACGGAGAAACACAUGUACGACAUGGAGGUAGAAAUAACUUUAGGGUUUGGUAGUAUUAUUUUGGAGAAAGUUAACUGAACAGUCAAUUGGAACGGAGUGAAUGGUAUACUAUGGUCCAAAAUGCUUAUUUUCUACGCACAUUAAUUGGGCAGGCACAUUCAUUUAAUUGUAAAGGCUUGUUUGCACAACGAGCACUUACUGUUUUUACCACAGUAAACAAGAAACAUCAUGAUGAACACGUGUUGUGGCAGUGGAGCAAAAAAUGUAGUGGGACAACUCCGUGCAUCUCCAAAACAUCACUGACUCGGAGUUUAUCAUUCGACAACAGCGACAGUCAUAUCCAAAAGCAACAACUUGAACAAGCAAUGGAGGUAGAAUUAGACAUCCACGAACAAGCCAAGAUGUUGAAAUCUGAUAGUGAUACUGCUGAAUCUAGUAGAACCGUGGAUGUUGUUGUGACAUCCGAACAAGAAUGUGGGUCUCCGGUUUGCCGCGACCAGGGUGUUGACCCGCAGCCGCCGCAGUGGGACGGCAGCACCCAGCCAGACGUCCCGCUGACAGCGGAGGGUGGUGCCACGGCAGACUCGGCGAGAAGCUACGCAGAAAAGAGGAAGUGGUUUGGUGAUCAAACUAAAACUAAAACUAAAAAGGGCAAGAAACUGGACCGACAUCCAAAGAAGAUACAGAAGUUUGCCAAUGAUGAGAAGUUUAACGAAACCUCCUACUACUUUGAAAAUGGUCUGAGGAAAGUAACUCCGUACGUGUUUGUCUUUGAGGCUCAUGUCAAAGGUCGAUGGAUGAAGCGGUCUGUAAUGGACGUUUUCAGGAAUGAGUUCAGGUCAGAAACGCCAGAGUAUUAUCAAAAGGCAAUUAGCAGCGGGUUGAUAACCAUUGAUGGGAAGAAAGUCUCACUAGAUAAGAUUCUGGUUAACAAUGAGUUCCUACGGUCCAUGGUUCACCGCCAUGAGCCACCAGUAACCAGUCAACCCUUGGAUCUAAUCACAGUCGAUGAGGAGUACGUUGUCAUCAACAAGCCGGCUUCGAUACCGGUUCAUCCGUGCGGCAAAUAUCGUCACAACACCAUCAUAUUUCUCUUGGGUAAAGAAUAUGGCUUUACUGGACUGCACACGAUACACCGUCUGGACAGGUUAACCUCGGGACUGCUCAUGUUUGCAAGGACUCGUGAAGUUUCACAGCGAGUUGAUGCUUAUGUACGAGAGAGGAAACUCACCAAGACGUACGUCUGUAAAGUGGUUGGAGAAUUCCCAAGCGACCCCCUUGAUUGUGUGCAAUCUAUCGUCAUUGUGUCACACAAGAUCGGGGUUUGCAGGGUUGGCCCUGCCGGCAAAGAAUGCAAGACGCACUUUAAACGCCUCAGCUAUGAUGGCCACACAAGUAUCGUGAAAUGUUUUCCUCAUACAGGUCGAAUGCACCAGAUUCGUGUUCAUCUUCAGUACCUAGGGUACCCCAUAGUCAACGACCCUCUGUAUAACAACCCAGUAUGGGGCCCACAGCUCGGUAAAGGGGGUGAUAUACCCCAUACAACAGAACAGGAGCUCUUAAACGAGUUGAUUAAACAGCACUCCGCUGAGUUGGAGUCUCAAGUUAUCCAGGAUCCAGAUGACUUUGUCAAAUCAACAAGAAGCCGUCUCGUCACUAGUCAAAAAGCCCAGUCAAAAGAUAUACAGUCUGUGAACACUUCAUCACUCAGUAGUCCAGAUGAGACGGGAGCUGGAACUAAAAACACUAAAGCUAGUGUUGCUAAUGAGAACAGAAAUAGUGAGUCUCAAACUAAGUGUGAUGUGGACAAUGAGGGCAGCAUUGUUGAACAGGCUGAAGAUACAGCAGAUCAGCGAUGCAGUAGUGCGUCUGUCAAUGACCCGAAUCAGACCGGUGUAAUAAGUGAACCACAGGUUGACAGGGACUUAUCGUGUCAGCCGACUGAUGGCGGAGCAGAGCGCCCUCUAGAGCCUGAGGUAUCAAUGAAGGAGGAAGACCGACGGCAGCUUGUACAGGACAUGUGCAGAGAAUGCAAGCUGAAACUGAGAGACCCCACCCCUGAGGAGAUGGUCAUGUAUCUACAUGCUUUGUCUUAUAAGGGACCAGACUUUGAAUUCACCACCCCAUUACCUAAGUGGGCGGAGGAACAUAUACAGAGGACAACAGCUGUGACCUCUCCAUCAGACUAAACUUCAUAUCUCCUAAUCCUGAAUCUGAUCAGGGCCCAAGUUCAUAGAGCUGAUAAGCAAUAAUUAUGCAACAAAUGGAAAUUUUGUUGGUAAUCCUGCUUUUAUUAAGGAAGAUAUUAAUGCUAAGCAAAUGUGUGUGUGCAGCAGCUCUAUGAAAUUGGGUGCAGGCCCUCUAUUCACAUAGCUUAACUAAAGAGACAGAGGGUAAUACUUUUGAACCAGAACUAUGGCAGACUAUUCUCCUACUUACAUUGCAAGUCUGAUUCUCUAUUUAUUUUUGCCCUCGAGAAAAAUCAGCAAAGUUGUGAAUGAAUAGCAUGAAAAGUGUUUAAAUGUUUAAUCAAGAAAACGUUUUUCAGAUUGAAAUGUUUUUGAAUCCCUCUCUCUAAAACCACAUUUUUUCAAGGGAAUUGUUUGCUCAAAGUAAGUUUUGAUGCUCAUUAAUUUUUAUGAGUAAUUACCAAAGGUAUACCCUCCCUUUAAGUCACUGACCCAUUCCUGCAUGCUUAGUUGCCUGCUUUUUCUAAACACAGUAAUCCAUCCUCAGAUUACCAAAUUUAACCUUUCAGCCAUUUUCUUUUUCAAUUUCCAAACUAACCAAUUUCUUGGUUGAUGAAAUUAAAUUCUGUUCUCACAAUGAUAACUUGACAGUUACUGUACUUUAUCAGAAGUAAUUCAAUUA